AUGGAACGUUACUUACCAUUCAAUUCUAUUCGAAAACAAUAUAAACUGCGGGUUAGUAAUGAAUUACAAAUGUAUGCUUUGAAAUCAUUAAGAGACAUAUUAUUACUCGCAUUAGCAUUUUUUAUUGAAAAUACUGCAUUACAAGUGAUAUCAUCUGUUAAACACAAUCAUAUUCCAUUGCGUGAUCUUUUUUAUGAAUUAUUACGAAAGAUUACUUCUCGUAAACAAUUUUGUGUUGCCUAUCGAUUAUCAGUCGAACAAUUAGUUUUGUGUUGGAUAUUCUUCUGUUUUCUUAAUGGUAGUAAAGGUUUAACUACGAUUCAAAAAAGCAUACGAUGUUUAAUAAUAGCACGUGCAUUACGUGUAUGUCUUUUUUCUAUGACAAUUCUUCCAUCUCCGAAAAUUCACUGUAAUUUUACUCAACCUAUUAAUCCAUUCAAAGUUACUGUUGGCGGUGCUUGUAAUGAUUUGCUUUAUAGUGGACAUGUUACUAUUUAUACUGUAGUAGCUAUUUCAUUGACUAUAUUAUCUCAAAAUUAUUCAUCAAGGAUAUGUCGCUAUGGUCUUCCGAUAUUAGUUUGGCUUUAUAUAACUCAAUAUAUUAUAUGUACGAUAUUUGAACGUCAUCAUUAUUCUAUUGAUAUGUUUCUAGGCCUCAUUGUCACAUUAUUACUAUGGCAAUGUAAACCGUUACAUAUUGAUUUACCUGAAGUUCCACAAAAUUUAUUUUUACAUUUAAAUCAAUUAGUUUUUCCUAAAUUUCAUUCAGCUCAUAAAGAAGUUUAA